AUGCUUACAAGGUUGAUUGCUGCCAAAGGCUUGCCUAGAUUAACAAAUAGGUUUACAAAACCUAUUUCAACUGGUACACAUUCCAAUUCCAUUGUUAGACGAUGCAUGCCCCACCAUAAAGGUUCCGUUGCGGGGAAAACUGUAUUUGAACGUCAAUUCCAUUCUUCUAGAACCGCAUUUAAUGAUAAACAACAAGAUACAAUAGGUAAUAACGUUAGUCGCGGUAGUAUCUUUAGUAAUGGGAUAGGUAAAUUGGUACAAUUUACCGUCAUGGGUGCUGGUGUCUUGGCACUAACUUGUGGUGGUGCGUUGUUCAUUUUUUUCAUAUAUGAUUCAACCACUUACAAAGAGAGCUAUGUACCAGAUGCCAUAGAAGUUCCUAAUGAAGCAUUACAUCCGCCAUCUGGUGGUCCUGAAAAUUUACCGAUCUUUAGUGAGAAAUUGGAUAACUAUGAUGAUGAAACGAAACAACUCACAAGUUAUAAGCCAAAAUUGGUCAUAUUGGGUUCUGGAUGGGCGUCUGUUGGACUUUUAAAGAAUUUGAAAAAAGGUGAUUACGAUGUGACUGUUAUUUCACCACAGAAUUACUUCUUAUUUACACCAUUGUUACCAUCAGCUGCCACUGGGACUCUUGAAAUUAAAUCCCUGAUGGCAUCGAUUAGGAAAAUUGUUGGUGACAUUAGCGGGCACUAUUUGGAGGCAAAAGCCGAAAAAAUUGAGUUUGAAGAUAAAUUGGUUAAAGUUUCUCAAGUUUUACAACGUGGCGGUGAAAUUCGAUCAUUUUAUGUCCCAUACGAUAAAUUGGUAAUUGCUGUUGGUUCCACUGCUAAUACUCAUGGUGUAGAAGGUUUAGAAUAUUGCGAUCGUUUGAAAAGCGCCGAAGAUGCUCUAAAUAUUAAGAAAAAGAUUAAAGGUAAUCUAGAAAUUUCUUGCUUACCAACUACUACUGAAGAAGAGAGGAAGAAACUUUUGAGUUUUGUCGUCUGUGGUGGUGGUCCAACAGGUGUUGAAUUUGCUGCUGAAGUCUUUGAUUUGUUAAAUGAAGAUUUACCAAGAUCUUAUCCAAGAGUACUAAGACAACAGGUUUCCGUUCACAUUAUCCAAUCUCGUUCUCACAUCUUAAACACCUAUGAUGAAAAAAUCAGUGAAUAUGCAAUGGAAAGAUUUAAGAAGGAAUCAAUUGAUCUUUUGACCAAUGCUCGUGUAGAAAGGAUUUUACCUGACAAGGUUGUCUUCAAUCAAAAGAAUCCCGAAACUGAUGAAAUGGAAUAUAAAGAAUUACCAUUUGGUCUGUGUUUAUGGUCAACAGGUGUUGCUCAAAACCCAUUAGCUAAACAUGUGGUUCAAUCCUUCCAAAAUAACCAAAGAAACAAAAGAGCUAUCGAAACUGAUUCUCAAUUAAGGGUUGUUGGUAACCCUGCAAAGGACGUUUAUGCAAUCGGUGAUUGUUCCACUGUUAGAACUGAUUUAGCUGAAAAUACAGUGAACUAUAUGAGAAAUUUUAUCAUCAAGAAAGAUAUCGGUGCUCAUCAAAAUUCCGCAAUAAUUACAGAUGGCGAUGUGAGAAAUAUAUCCCUGUCCUAUGAUGAAAUUCGUGCAUUGUGUAGACAAGUGGCAAGAUUGCAUCCUCAGACCAGAGAAAGUUUUGUCGAUUUGGAUGAUUUCCUACCGAGAUAUGAUCCUGAAAACAAAGGCUCUUUGAAUUUCGAACAAUUGAGCACAUUGUUGAAAGAGACUGAAGCUAAGGUUACAUCUCUACCAGCUACAGCGCAAAGAGCUCACCAACAAGGUUCUUAUUUAGGUAAGAAAUUCACUAAGCUCGCUAGAUAUACCAAUGAUUAUAUCAGAAGCGGACAACCGGUUCCCGCGGAAUUAGAGGAUGGUACAUGUAAACCUUUCAAAUACGUUCAUUUGGGUUCAUUGGCUUAUAUUGGUAACUCUGCAGUUUUUGAUCUGCCGGGUUACUCAUUUGUUGGUGGUUUAAUUGCCAUGUACUUGUGGAGAGGUGCCUAUUUCGUUCAAACUGUCUCUUUGAGAACAAGAGUUCUUUUGUUCAUGGACUGGCUAAAGAGAGGUCUGUUCGGUAGGGACUUCAUAGAUACUUCUUAA